AUGCAGCAGCUGCCGCAGAAGGCAGUUGAGCGCGGUGGAAGUUCAGCUCGAAAGGUGGGCUUCUCAUGUUCCCAGUCCGAUUCCCACACAUCAAGGACUAGCCAGUCAGGGGAGCAUCGACAUCGUGUCCGUCUCACCCUCACCGAGUUGCCCAAAUCCCAGGACAGGAUCAUCAAGUUUGUAUGGUGGCGUGAACCUCGAGGGGUCUGCUUCUCGUCCUCUUCAUCGACACCUUCAGGGAUGAAACAAAUCUGGUCCAGACUCCCGAUGGGUGGGGAAGCCUCAAGCAACGAGCGUGGCCCACAACCUGCGUCUAGCGCCAGCGCUAAUUGA